AUGGACCGUACGUUAAUUUCACUUAAUGAGGCGAAUUUAGAGGAUCCCAAGGCAGAGGCAGGGCAUACAAUUCCGAAUGGCGUGGAAAUGGUGAGAUCUGAGGUGGAAUAUCUGAGCUGCUGCUUAUCAUGUUAUCAAGCUGUAGGUGGUCCUGUGGGUGGGUUAGGGCUGAGGUUGUCUUAUGACAGUGGGAAUGGGAGGAAUGAGUUCUACAAUUCAUUGUUUGUUGGGUGCAAACAAACAACAUACAAGUCAAGAUGCAUGCUUUGCUGUCCUCUUCUCUUACAUUACAGAUGUGACAAAGGGUGUGCAUGGAAUAUUGACAGUGGAGAGUAG